AUGAAGAAAGGGAAACCAGAUGUACAAUCAGUUCAAACUCGAAUAGCUAUUGUUAAUCCAGAUCGGUGUAAACCAAAAAAUUGUGGCCAGCCGUGUAAACAAUGCAUUGUGGUUGAGCCAACAUCAAAAAUUGCUGAAAUAUCUGAAAUUCUUUGCAUUGGAUGUGGAAUUUGUGUGAAGAAAUGCCCAUAUGGUGCAAUUCAAAUCAUCAAUCUUCCAAGCAAUUUAGAAAAAGAAACAACUCAUCGUUACAGCGCAAAUUCCUUCAAACUUCAUCGUUUACCAAUGCCUCGAUUAGGCUCAGUUUUGGGACUUGUAGGGACUAACGGUAUUGGGAAAUCGACUGCUUUAAAUAUUUUGGCAAGCAAAUUAAAGCCUAACUUGGGUAAUUUCAAGAGUCCGCCAGAUUGGCCGUCAAUUUUAACAUAUUUUAGAGGCUCUGAACUUCAAAAUUAUUUUAUUAAAUUAUUAGAAGAAAAAUUUAAGGCAAUUAUUAAGCCUCAAUAUGUUGACCAAAUUCCGAGAUAUUUGGAAAAGUCUCCACAGAAAAAGGUUAUUGAUUUGUUGAAGGGACGAGCUGAACGUGACAAUUUGGACAAAAUAAUUGAGGAUAUGGGUAAGUUUGCAUUUUAA